AUGGCGGCGUCCUGUGUGCGGACGGUGGGCUCGUUUCUCGGUAAAUAUGGGAAUUACGGCUCAAACAUCAACACAGUAAGGUCUCAUUUAAACAGACAGGUGAGUAUAUAUUAUGUAUUCUUUAUGUAUUGCAUUUGAGAUACCCCUGUAGAUGAAUAAACAGAGAAAUAUACUGAAACUCGUCCUUCAGUUAGCGUGUUUGCUGCUCCGGUUAGCCGAAACUCGCUUCAUAAUUUCGGAUUUUUACUUUCACCUUCGCUGUUUUACGUGUUUUCAUGGUUUCACAGACUCAUAUGAAGUUUGAUGUGAAUGAUAUGACCUCGAAGUCCAGUUCGGCUUGUAUUUUGUUGGUUAUUUUAAGGAUAUUUGACGUGUUUUACCUUCAUGUGUUGUCGUGGUCCCCAGGUGCUGAUCCGGCAGGUAUGUGUGAGCUCCGCUCUCCACAGGAAGAACCUGGCAGCUGCAGGUCCAGAGAGGUUCACCAAGGAGUUUGUGGAGAAGCAGGUGGAGGAGUUUAACGUGGGGAAACGACACCUGGCCAACAUAAUGGGGGAGGACCCGGAGACCUUCACCCAGGAGGACGUGGACGUAAGAACCAAGGAGGAUUCAGACCUCCUCACUGUCCCUGUUUCUGAGAUUUAAGGUGGUAUCUUAGAGUUAGUGCACACCCGGAUUUAUCCUGUCAAAUCAGAGAUCCACCUGGUGAACUUUCUCCUCCCUCUCCUUGUCCCACAGCCAAUCAGAAGCGAAGGAGGCGGGACCUUUCCCUACCAUCCUACAAAGAAAUGUAUGAAUAAAUACAUUUUACAAUUUGCACAAACAAGGGUUCGACCGUGUGACCGUUUCACUCCCAUUUAUGACUAAAAAUACAUGUGUGUGAAUUGUAAACUGUAUUUAGGGUCACGUGCACAGAAAAAAAAUCAACAAAUGUUUUUUUUUUCCCCUGUAAAUAUGGCGGUGAAGUUAGUUUCAGGUUGGAUAUAUUUUCCUGUAAAUACGGCGGUGAAGUUAGUUUUAGGUUGGAUAUAUUUUCCUGUAAAUACGGCGGUGAAGUUAGUUUCAGGUUGGAUAUAUUUUCCUGUAAAUACAGCGGUGAAGUUAGUUUUAGGUUGGAUAUAUUUUCCUGUAAAUACGGCGGUGAAGUUAGUUUCAGGUUGGAUAUAUUCUCCUGUAAAUACGGCGGUGAAGUUAGUUUCAGGUUGGAUAUAUUUUCCUGUAAAUACGGCGGUGAAGUUAGUUUCAGGUUGGAUAUCUGACGGACAUUCUCUGAGGAUCUACCGGUGUCUUCUCUCUCUCCAUAACCAGGAAUAACAACAGCAGCGUGGUUAAAUCUACUCGACACCCUCACUGUCAACGUCGGUGUUGAAUAAGGGACCGUCAAUAAAUUACCGGUUGAUGUUCUCAGAAAAGGCUGUUUUCCUUCAAUAGCUUCACUGUCAUGUGACCAAAAGACCUAAAACUGAUUUCUGAUAAUAGUACUAAGGUCGAUCAAUAAGACGAACAUUAUUGAUCAGUUUUCAUUGAUCCCCUUAAGUUCUUUGUGCUCCUUAUAAACAAAGUUAGUGUUGAUCCCUGCUCAUCUAUUUUUAGUCCUGAGUGAAACGGUCGCCUUGUCGAGCCCUGCGACGUAAACAAAGAUAGAUUUGAAGUCUUAUCUCUCCUCACACACGGCUCCACAGAUUCUAAAACAGUCCAGGAAUUUCCAACGGUCCCUAAACACCUCAUGUGACCAAACUUCCGAUCUCUCCGAUGGAAACUGUGUUUUGAACCUGAUUUGAGAGGAUGUGAGUUCAGGGAUACAGACACAGUUCACACCUGCAGGCAGACUGAAUAUAGAGGAGGUGAAUUUGAUCAGGUGUGUCUUCCUCCUCUUCUUCCUCAAUAACUCUCUCGCUCCUCCAAACUCCUCUUUUCCUCUCGCGUCUCCGUCGUUUUGAAGGUAGCAACCUGUUCGCCGCUGCGGCCGCACCUGCUGCCUCACUAAUUGAAGCGACGCUCGAAAAGGAGGAGGAGGAGGAGGAGAGAUGAACAGGCUGUCCUGAUGAGUGUGGCGGGGCCAACACACUUCCUGUCCCCGCUCGUUUCCAUCACGCACACGUUUGCGGCGCCAUCUGUAGCCCUGCUAACACACACACACACACACACACACACACACACAGAGUGAGGAUGAACUUGGAGUGAACUGUUGGACGUCCACACUGUCCUCUGCUCGCUGUCAUCCACAAACUUGUGCCUUUUUCUGCUUGUUUUCUCCUCUAACUGCACACACACACACACACACACACACACACACACACACACACACACACACACACACUCGCCUUUCCUUGAACCCUCAGCAGCCUGUUCCUCCUCCUCCUCCUCUGUCAGUUCUCCUCGUCACGGCUCGGUGUGACCUCCGCUGUUCGAUGUGUCGGCGUUAUUUCCUGGUGAUCGGCCGUCGUCUCAAACUUGUUUUUUUGUUCUUUUUCAGAGGAGCAUCUCGUACCUUUUCCCCUCCGGCCUGUUUGAGAAGAGAGCGCGGCCCCUCAUGAAGGUGGGUCUGCACCUUUCAGGUCCAUGAUUGUUGGUCACACUCUGUAAAGUUAGAAACAUGAGCUCUGACCGUCUGAAGCUGUGGUUCUCCACUGGUGGGUCCCUACGGAAGUCAAACUGUGCCAUCUGAUUUUGAAUUUGAAUUUCUAAAGCUGAAUUUUUUUGCAUCAAAUCAGAGUUUGAAUUUCAAAACCAUCGAAUUUCAAGCACGUAUUUUCAUUUCUGAGGUCCAUAGGUCCGGACCCAAAAGUGGGUCGUGGACACGUUCUGGAUGGGGCGUGAACAGCUGGUCAAAAAAGUAAAUAUUUCAUGCCCAUCUGAUGUUUGACAUGUCUUGUCUUGUCACAGACAUGUUUAUUUUUUUCCAAAAGGGUGUACAGUGAAAGGCAAAAGUAAAAUCAACAGAUAAAAAAAUAAUAAUAAAAAUGUAAUAGAUAAAAAAAAUAAAAAUAAAAAAAUAUUUUUUUAAAAAUCAAAACAAUUAAAAUAAAUAAAAGUGAAAAGAUUUUUUUAAAAAACUGUAUGAUAUGGUUAAGUGUGACCUUUUUUUUCUAAAAGUGCAAAAAGUGAAAGGCAAUAGUAAAAACAAAAAAUAAAAAAAUUGAAAAUUCAAUAAAUAAAAAAUAAAAAUAAGUGAUUUUUUUAAAUUAAAACUAAAUUUAAAAUUUUUUUUUUUUAAUUUAAAAAUAAACAAAUAAAUAUUAUAUUACCUUGUAAAGUUUUACCGUUUUUAUUUAUUUAUUUAUUUUUUAAAAUAAAUUUUCUUGGUUUGAAUUUUAUAAAAGUGGGUCGUGACUUUAGGACCAUGAGAAAAUGUGGGGGCUCCAGAGUGAGACCGGCUGAGAACCACUGAUCUAAAGGGUUUAACCUCUGAGGAGGUUGAUGGUUUCUGUUUUGUGUUUUUAUGAUUUUCUGCAUUUUUCUUUCAAACUUGAACUGAAGUGAGAAUUUUGUUUCUGCAGCAUCCAGAGGAGAUAUUUCCUCAGCAGAGAGCCGUCCAAUGGGGAGCUGACGGCCGGCCGUUCCACUUCCUGUUCUACACGGGGAAACAGUCGUUCUACUCCCUGAUGCAUGUGAGUACAGGAGGAGGAGGAGGAGGAGGAGGAGGAAUCUCCUGCUGCCUCAGGUCAUUUCUGAUUGACAGAGAGAGGGUGGAGAGGAGGAGGCCGGGUCGUUAUUCUUCAUCAGCUCUUCUCCGACCGUCCUGUUUGCUGUUUUUGUUUUUUUUAGUGUAGAUGUGAAGAUGAUGAUGAGCUGUAGAUCAGUCCAGAUCAUCAACACAUAGAUUCUGGAUUUCUGUUCGUGAACUUACGGUGGAGUAUAAGGGCAACAUUAAGAGAAAAAAUUCAAGACUUCGGGAUUAAAAUCAUUACUAACGAGAAUAAAGUCGUAAUGAAAUGAUCAUUUAUGACUUUAUCCUCCUAAGUAUUGUUUUUAAUUAUCUUAUUCUCGUAGGUAAUUACGAAGUCUUUUAUUCUUAAAGGUGCCCUAACACUCCGUCAUACGGACUAAAUGUCUGCGGUGAAGAAUCGGAUCAUUUUCAGUCUUCCUGCACAGUCAUUAAACAGGCGCCGCUCUGCUCACAGGGGGGCGCCAAACUCAACACACAGCAGAGGUUCCUCACAGGAGCUUUAACAGCAGAACAGAGGGCCGUAGUUAUGACAGGAGAGGAGCAGCAGGAGGCGCCAGAGAGCAAAGAUUUUUCACAUGAACAGAAAAAAACUGAAUUUUGAAUGAAGACAUAAAAACAAUCGGUUGCCGUGGGAGACGGUUAGAAUAAACAACGUCUGAGUUCAAAAUGGUGGUUUUCUGAGGUGUGGCGCGUCUGGCUCAUCAGGCUUUUGUCCCGCCACGGGAAGCGAGCGACUCCUCCGCGGGGAUUUGAGGGGGUGAGGAGGGGGGAGGUGUUCAUCAUUCACACCCUCCUCACCUCUCAGCGGCCCCUCCCCCUUUCUUUUGUCUCUGACCUCGACUGAGACGUUUCACACGUGAACGAAGCGGCGUGUGUCUGAAUCUGAGAGACGUGCAGAGAGGUGUGAGCGAGGAGUCUGCUCACACACAUACACACACACACACACACACACACACACACUCUCAGGAUGCCCUGCAGACAUGUCGUCGCCCCCUGCUGCUCCUUUAAAUAGGUGUGUCAGACAUGUCUGAGACCUUUUUUGUCCUCCCCUCCUCCUGUUUUUCUUCUUUUCAUCAGUUUUAGUUUUUUUUUUUUUUCAGGUUAUUUUUUCGAGAUUUAAUCAGCACACACUCACACACCUCCUGGCUGUGUCCAGUAGGGGGCAGCAGUGUUUAACCCUUGUGUACUGAUGCCAAUAAAGGGCAAAAGGGAGUCAAAAUCAUUGGAUCAUUUUUUAUAUUGAAAAUCAGUGACAUGACCUCUGAAAUCAAGAUUUAAAGGGUUAAAAAUCAAAUAAUUUUGAUUUGUUCAGUAUUUUCGAUCUGGACUGAGCUUAAUGAAGAGAUUUGAGCAGAAAGAAAUUUAUAAAUAUUUAUCUGAUAUGUUUUUACAGCAGCUAAUUUCAGUGGAUAAAAAUGUCCACGAAUUCUUCUAUUAUUUAUUAUUAUAAAAUCCAAAUAAUUUAGAUUUUUUUAAAUUAUUUUUUUUGAUCUGGACUGAGCUUAAAAAAGAGAUUUGAGUAGAAUAUUUUAUAAAAAUGUAUCUUAAAUUGUUUUUACAGCAGCUAAAUGUAGUUGCUGUUAACAGCCAAUAGAGGGCAAAAGGGAGUAAAAAAUAAAUAAAUCUGAUGCUGUGCAAAAAAUAAUACUGCAUCAAAGUCAAUGUUGUUACUGAUGUUUGACAUAUAUAAGGGUGCAGUAGUGUGUAAAAAAUCUCUGUUUUCUCAUCAGAUUUUAUUCUAAAAAUCUGUCAUUUUGUGUAAUUUUUUUUUUUUUUCUGCUUAAAUUGGUGACUCCACCUCUGAUCGGCAUGUAAAGGGUUAAAAUCCAUAAUUAAAAUAAUAAUAAUAAUAAUAGUUCUGACAAGGACUGAACUUAAUGAAGAGAUUUGAGCAAAAAGAAUAAAAAAAAAAACUUUAUUUUUUUACAGCAGCUAAAGUCAGUGGCCAAAAACGCCCACGAAGAGGCCAAAGGUCUGAUAAUCUGUACACAGGGAAUUUUUCACCUUGUAAAAACAUUUGAAAGUUUUUGUAAAAUUUAAUUUCCUCACUAAAAAUGAUCACGCUCUCUCAAAAAAAGUCAAAGUUUAGGUCCAAAAUGUGUUUUUUUUUUCCUCUACUGGACAAAAAAAGCUACAAUGCAGAAGUGUUACUAUUUGUGUUGUAUAUAGUGUAGAUACAUGUAUAUUAUUUAUUUAUUUUUACUUAUUUUAUUUAUUUAUUUUUACGUAUUUUAAACUUAUUUUAUCUCCGUCGUCACACGCCCAAGCCGAGCGCGGGCUGUCGGCUCUGAACAUCAAACAGAACAUUAUCGCACUUCUGAAUCUCCGAACCCGAUAGACGACGACGACGUUUCACAGCCAUAAGGAAUAACCAAUCGGAGCCCAGCACUUCUAGCCAAUCAGAGGCGAAGGAGGGCGGGACCUUCCCCUACCUCUGAACCUCUGAGGCCUGUGAUGCGUUCAAAGACGCCGUAUUAGACGGGAAAUGUGUGAUAUUGGCGGCGUUUUGAGCGUCCGGCGCCUUUUUCUCUCGGGUCGUGUCGAUCCUUCGUCUCUGAUGUCGCGUUGAGUGUCAGCAAACAUGUAUCCCAGCUCCCCCUCUCCUCCUCCUCCUCCUCCUCCUCCUGUCAUCGGUGUCUUUUCUCCUCUUUUCUAUUAUCCUCCUCUUUCCUUUUUUUCUCUCAAAAUUACUUUUUUGCUCCAUGUUUGCUCCUUUUUUAUUCAGCCCUCCUCCUGCUCCGGCGUCGGCGGUCGGAGUGGCGGCGGAUUAGGCACACUCUAUCAAGAAGGAAUUAAACAAACAUCUGCUGAAUAAUUGACGGGGAAAUGAGUUCUCACCCUGAGCUGGGGGAGGGAGGGGGGGUUCCUCUGCCUGAGUGGGACGUGACCAGCAUGCCCCUGUCCCGCCAUUCAUCUGAAACAGCCAAUCAAAAGAGGUUAUUUAGAGAGAGGGAGGGGGAGGAAGUGAUGUCACGUCUUUUCUUCUGGUGGAAGAGCUCAGGUGUGUUUUUGGGUUCGGUCUGUUGACUGACUCUGACAGGUGUCUGUUUCUAAAGAUGACCUCUGUGUGACCUUUUGACCUCUUCAGGUGUUUAUAAACAAACUGAUGAGGAAAAUUCAAAAAUUAGUGAUUUUCUGAAUGGGGUUUGGUGGUACGGUAGUUCCAGAUAAGGCCAGCAGGGGGAGUUUGUUAUUUCUGUGGAAAUGUGUCUGAGUUUGUUUUUUUAUGUUUAAGGACACGUACGGGAGAAUCCUGAACAUCGAGAAACGCCAAGAUCGUCUGCGAGCGAAGGGACUGUUUGACCCCAAGGUCAAACCCGUGUAAGUGUAGAAACGCUGACUCUAGAUGUCUCUGAGGCCUCUGUCUUUCUGAAGUUGAUCUGAGUGUCCGUGUCGCUCAGGUCUUUAGGCGCAGGUCGGUGGCUCUUCAAGGAGGAGCUGGAGGAUCUGCUGGUGGAGGCCAUGUCCCCUCAGGAUGUAAGACCCCCACCCUUCACGCCGUGUCCGUGGUCACGUUGGCGAGCGGUCUCUGACUCUGACUCUGUUUCCUCCAGUACGAUCGUUUCAUCCAGCUGAUGGAGCGCCUGCUGUCCAUGCCGUACAACGCCACCCAGGAGGAGUUCAUCCUGCGUUACAGACGUCAGCUGGAGGUUCAGUCCAGGAAGGAGAUGGUGCCGGCGCUGCAGAGAGACGAGCGCGGCGUGGCCUUCAGCACGGCCGAGGGUAAUCCAAACACGCGGUGACACUGAAGGUUGUUUAGCGGAGACGAGAGUUUAUUCUCAGCAGAUCCAGAAAAACGUCCUCCGAGAUCAUCGUGACGAACGUCUGAAGUUUUCUCUUCAGUCUCUGAAGCUCCAGAUUUAACUCUGUCACUCCAACAAGAGUUUAAAAACAACAGAAUCACUUUUCAUCAUGAACACGACCCAGACUCUUUUAUUUAAAAUAAUCAUCUCAGUCAGUUUAUCUGGAAAUAUGAGGGUUUUUGUGGUUUUUACCACUAAAAAUAUCAGUGACAUGUUGAACGAAAACUGUCAUAUAAAGGGUCACACACCGACGUUUUUAUUAGUUAUUUUUUAACGGUCAGGGUUGAAGUUGUUAAAAAGAUUUGAGUCUAAAAAAGUUUAAAAAAAGUUAAAAAAGUUUAUUUUAUGAGGACGUUUCUGCAGGAGUGUUUUAGGGACAAAGGGGCUGAAUGGAGUCCCUCUGAAGUGAAUCUAACCGUCCUGUUGGUCUUCAGAAGGACUUUAAAGAGAAUCAAAAGGUCUCAGGUGUGACAGGUGUCCCUCUGAACUCACCUCAGACCGCCCCCCCCCCCCCGUCAGUCUGGACUGACCUCAGAUCUUCAUUUCCUCUCAGGACGCAGAAAAACGUCCAAAUCUUCGGUCGUCCUCCGAGACUGCGGCUCCGGAAAGAUCACCAUCAACGGCCAAGACUACCUGCAGUACCUGCCCGUGCUGCAGGACAGGUACGCCGCCCCCCCACCUACACACACACGCACACACACACACACUCCUCUUUAAGAUGCACGGCGGGACGUUUUUCUCGCUCUCUUCAACAAAAAAUUAAAAAGCAGCUUUUUCACUCUUCACGGCGUCGACGCUUUUUUAUUUAUCUCCUUGUAGUAAGUUAAUUACACAGCCGAGUGACUGUGUGUGUGUGUGUGUGUGUGUGUGUGUGUGUGUGUGUGUGUGUGUGUGAGUGUGUGAGUGUGUGUGUGUGUGUGUGUGUGAGUGUGUGUGUUCUGGAUGGCGUCUCAGCCUGAAUGGCUCACAGCUGCUGACAAAGUCAAUUGUCACCUCUGUGCUCCAAUUACAGCCCGUCCUCACGGUGUGACAACGCCACACACACACACACACACACACACACACACACACACGCACACACACUCAGACCUGAUCCUCCUCGUGCUGAGUCAGGAGUUUCUCUGUUGUUCAGCUCUGGGAUCGUCUUUUCUGGUCUAAAAGUCGUCCAUGCAGACAUUAAAUUAAUGAUACGACCCCCCUCCUCUCUCUCUCUCCCCCUCUCCCUCUCUCUCCCCUCUCUCCCCCUCUCUCUCUCUCUCCCCGUUUACCUCUCGUCUCUCAGGGAACAGCUGAUGUUCCCUCUCCAGUUCACGGGCUCGCUCGGACGCUUCGACCUGGAGUGCACUGUCAGCGGAGGAGGGCGGUCCGGCCAGGCGGGGGCGCUGCGUUUCGCCGUGUCUCAGGCGUUGCUCAGUUUCCUGUCGGAGAGGGAGGUGGAGACCAUGAGACAAGGUGGGAGGGGCCGAGAGGAGAUUAAGACAUGAUCAUUAAUCUGGAGAUUACAGAUUCACACCUGUCUGAAUUUUCUGUCUGAUUGGAUCUCCAGCUGGUUUGUUGACCCCUGACCCCCGAGUGAGAGAGAGGAAGAAGCCGGGUCAGGAGGGCGCUCGAAAGAAAUUCACCUGGAAUAAACGCUGAGGAGGAAAACGACACGAACACCGGGCUGUGGACACGUCUGUGGACACGUCUGUGGACACGUCUGUGUUUCACCAUGAGACUCUGUUACAUGCUGCAGUGAGCUGGCUCGGCCAGCAGGGGGCAGCAUGUGUCCAGGAUUACAGGAGGAAGAGGAAGAGUAUUUAUCAGUGUAUUCAACAAUAAAGGAGACGUUUGCAGUAAUUAACUCUUUCAGUUUUUUUAUUUCACUUUAGACAUUCAAGUUUUUUACACUCUGAUAAUUUUAAAUAUUUAUUUAAGAUUAUUUAAUGAUAAAGUUUUAUAAUAAUUUAAGACAUUUUAAAUAUUUAUUUUACAUUAUUAAAAUGAAAAAGUUAAAAAACUCAGGUAAUUUUAAAUAUUUAAGAGUAUUUAAACUAUAAAGAUGGAGUUUUUCCACUUAGACAAUUUUAAAUAUUUAUUUAAGAUAAUUUAAUGAUAAAGAUGAAGUUUUAUAAUAAUAUUUAUUUAUUAUUUAUAAAUAAAUAUUUAUUGUAGAUCAUGUAAAUGAAGUUUCUCAGAGGGUAAUGUAAUAAUUUCAAACAUAAAAACCUUAAUUAGUGUUUAUUGAUCACCUGUAGGAUGUUCACUCAGACUGUAAUGUAGAGCUGUGUCCACUAGAUGUCCCUGUGUAUCUAUAAAUGAUGAGCAGAUGUUGUUUCCCCCCUUUUUAACUACUCUAAUCAGUUUAAAUCAAUUCGAUUAUCGAUUAAUUGGAUGUUGGUUUAUAAAUAGAUUUGUCCGGAACAGUUGGUCCGGAUUACAGACUCAGAAAUGUUUCUAAACAUGUUUUUUUUUUUUCGUGUUUUCAGGACAAUAAUCAGAAUAAUUGAUCUCAGGUUUGGACCCUGAGUUUAGUCUGACAGGUGCGCAGAGACCUGUAAUCAAAUCUGAGGGUGAAUUCAGGCAGCGUGUGUGUGUGUGAGUGUGGGCGCGUGUGCGUGUGCGUGUGCGCGCAGCAGCAGGAGGGUGGAGUCAGUGAGUCUGUAUGAGUCCAGACAGGCGGAUCAGACCGAGUCCUCCAGCCCACACAGACGCGCACAGACGGACUCAGGAGCUCCGGGUGGACCUGGAUCCACCUGUCCUCCAUUUCUUUUCCACGGUGGAGGCGCGUGCACCGUGAAUCUUCCCCGCCCGCGUGUUCGUGGUUCUGGCUCUGAUGGAGGCCGCGGUGCUGAAGGGGGCCGCGAUGAUCCCGGACCUGGACUGUAACAGUAACAGUCUGAACGCGGAGCUGGAGGUGAAGAAGCUGCAGGAGCUGGUCCGGAAACUGGAGCGGCAGAACGAGCAGCUCCGGACCCGGGCCGGGGGCGGCGUCCCCCCCACCGGGCCUCCCUCCUCCACACCGGCGGCGGUCCUAAAGGGGGGGUUCUGCAGGACCACGCUCCUCUGUCAGCCGGGUCUGGGGUCUUUGGAGUCCCCUGAGGAGGAACCGUUUCAGUAUUUCCAUCAUCCUCACAGCGGCGGGGGUGGAGGAGGUGCAGGAGAGGAGGAGGAGGAGGAGGAGGAGCAGGAGGAGUCGGUUCUGGACGAGCUGGACCUACUGGACCUGGACUCUCUGUCGUGCUCGGAUCAGUCAGAGGAGACCUGGUGAGUGAGGGAGAGAGAGAGAGAGAGAGAGAGAGAGAGAGAGAGAGUGAGAGAGAAAGAGAGUGAGUGAGUGAGGGUCUCUGUCUCCAACCAUUUGUUGCUCUCUCUCUCUCUCUCUCUGUCUGUGUGAUCCGGAUCCUCCUCCUCUGGGUCUGUCUGAGCCCGUUAGUCCAGAAUCCUGCAGAACCGAGACAAAGCAGCUCACCUGGGGAGGAGGAGGAGGUGGAGGAGAAGAAGGAGAAGGAGGAGGGGAGGCCUGCAGCACCAGGCAGCCGUCCUCCCCCCUAAACAGGAGACAGUCCUGGGAGUGUGGACGUCUUCAUUUAUAAAUAUUAUAUUUUAUUUAUAUGUUAGAUUAUAUUAUAUUCUGUUAUUUUAAAUUAUAUAAUAUUAUAUUAAAAAAUCUUAAAUUAUUUUAAAUUAUAAUAUCUAAUUUUAUAUUCUAUCAUAUCAUCUUCUUAUCUUCCAUUCUAUCCCAUGUUAUUCCAUCACAUGCUGUUUUCCUCCCUCUGUGGUUCUGGGACCUUUUCUCAGUUUCUCUCUAAUAUUCUGGAGCCGGUCUGAGGAUGGGAGUCCGUUUAGAAAAGAUUGAUCUUGUUUGAGUUAAUUUCAGUGUUCAGAUUAAACUAACCAUCCACUCUGUUCUUUGAUUACCUGACUGUUUUUUAUGAGCUUUAAUCAGAGUAUUGAUCAGUAUCAGUGCUCCCUUAAACCUUAACGACCCUUUAAAACAGCAAAGACAAUCACUUUUAUUGAUUGAUCCUCUUUUUAUGGUUCACUCACUAAAUCUGUGGGCUCAUCAGCUCCAGGCUCUCCUCUCUCCUCUCUCCUCUCUCCUCACCUGCUUUUUAAACUUCAUUUUUCAGUCGUUUUUUCUCUGAAAACAACAAACACACCUUCAGGAAGCUGACCGUGGUUUUAGUCCGGUCCAUGAUGCGGGUUUGAUGGUUCUGCUGUCUGAAUGAUAAAAGAGGAGGGAGCUGAAACCCUCGGAUCAAUGAACCAGAACGGAUGUUUACAUGCUGACAGGAGGAGACAGUAACUCUGAGUUUCUGCAGAACAUUCAGAGUCAAAGUCUAAGUUUCCACUGUAAUCUUCUCUCCAACAACCUUCUCUUCUGUUUGUCUCCAAUAGUCAGGAAAUCUUCACAUGAGAAAAAUAACUGUUCAAAUCAGUUCUAGUCUCAUCCAAAGGAAUCUUGUUUUCAGAUUCAGUAAGCCUUGUUUCAAGAUCAGCCUGCUUGGAUUGAGACAGAGUUUAGUCAUUCUUCACUAAUACUGGGUAUUUUUUCUCUACAUUUCUAUUUUUGGUUGAACUAAUCUUCAGCUUCAUUUGAUCAAAGGAAGAAAAAUAAAUAUGUCAUUGAUUAGAUUUAGUCGAUUUCACUGAUUUUAGGGCUGGAAAAGUGACAUUUGAAUCAUCUGAUCUUAAACCAGCAUGUUUGUCUGACUUUAAUCUUCCAAAUACAUUUGUAGACAUGAUUAUUUCUAGACUGAACAAUCUUCAUUCAAGAAAUCUGGUUUAGUGAAAUGAUCUUGCUGCAUGGACAGAUCAUUUAUCUUGUUUUUAGACCUUUUCACCUCAGAUUUAGAUCUUGUUUUUAGUGUUUUUAUCUUGUUUUUAUCUUGUUUUUAGUGUUUUUAUCUUGUUUUUAGUGUUUUUAUCUUGUUUGUAUCUUGUUUGUAUCUUGUUUUUAUCUUGUUUUUAGUGUGCGCUCAGGUGUGUUCGUGAUCCUCCUCAGGUCAGCAGAGCUUGUCUGAACUAUAAUUCAGAAUACCUUCCUCCUGCUCUUCCUGCUCCUGCUCCUCCUGCUCCUCCUGCUCCUCCUGCUCUUCCUGCUCCUGCUCCUCCUGCUCCUCCUCCUCCUGCUCCUCCUCACGUCUCUGAGGCUGAGCUUCACCAGGAGAGGAUGUAUUUACACUGGAUGUCCAAAAGGACCCUGUCAGACCCUCUAAAGUCUUAUUCUGCGUCUGUCUGUCUGUCUCCAGGCUGUACGUGUCCCCGAAAGCCCAAGAGUCCUCUGAAGACUCCCUCAGUCCUCUGCAGUGGUGCCGGAAAGUUCUGGACGGUCCCAAAUCGGACGUGGAGGCCGCCAGGAGGUCUCUGUCCCUCCGACUGGAACAAGGUACGAGAACUGGGACGGUUUGGGACAGAGUUUCACUCAUCCAGACUCAGGCGCUGAAGGGACCAGUUCAGUUGGACUUUCUGGGUGGGUUUAGUCCUGGUUUGGUUCUUUAGCAGCUGUCUGAGUCUAGUAUAGGUCAUAAACCUCCUCCAGAACCAGUCCAGGUCCCUCUGAAGUGACUAAUGGGUCUCAGUGAGGACAAUAGAUCCUAAUCUGUCCGUCUCUAAUCGCAUUAAGCAGAUCCAGGAUCCAGCGCGGGUCACAUGACCCCCUGAAUGUCUGCUGUGAUUACAGGUAUCACUGCAGAGGAUAUCAGAGUCAAAUAUAGAGCUGUUGUCAUGGUUACACCACAAAAAAAAGGAUGGUCUGAUUCUUCUGUCGUCAUGGUAACCACGCACCUGAAACGACUCUUUAAGAACGGCUGAACGACAGACGGGCGACCCGAUGAGGAGUUAGAGUUCACAUCCUUAAAACGGAUCAGAACACCAGAAUAUGAGAGGGACACAGAACCACAGAUGGAGGAUAAUAAAAUAUAUUAUAGAAAUAUAAUAUAACAUUAAAAUAUAUAAUGUGACAUUAUUUAAUAUUAUUUAAAUUAAUAGAAAAUAAAAUAUACAAUAUAAUUUAAAUAUUAAAUUUAAAAGUAUAAUAAUAUAAAAUAAUAUGAAAUCAUAUAAAGGAUUAUAAUAUAAUAUAAUUUAAAAUAAUAUAAAAUCAAAAUAUACAAUAACAUUUGAAUAUUAAAUUUAAAAGUAUAAUAUGAAAUAAUAUAAAAGAUUAUAAUAUAAUUUAAAAUAAUAUAGCAUUAAAAUAUAUAAUGUAAUAUAAUUUAAAAUCUGAAAUAAUAUUACAUCAUAAAUCAUAAUAUAAUGUAACAUAAUAUAAUACAUUUUAAAAUAAAAUUAUUUAAAAUAUUAGCAAAUCAAAAUAUAUAAUAUAGUUAAAUAUAGUAUACUUUAAUAAUACAUAUUUUUUAAUUCAGUCCACGUGUCAGUCUUUGUGGAUGUGUUUGUGUUUAUCAGCUGUCUAACUUGGCUAACAGACUCGCUGUGAGUGAGACCAAAGUUACAAAGUUGACCCAGUAAUUUUACAUCAGUUAAAGAGGCAGAAAUGAUCUUUAGAUUCAACAGAACUUCAGUUACACAUGAUUUCAAAACUGUUUGGUUUGUUAAAAACAUCUAAAAUAGAAACAUGAGGCAGAAAUUUAUAUUAAAAAAUAAAUAUUUAUAUAUGUGUUAUUGUUAUAUGUUAUUAUAGUUAUCCCUGUCAUAGAAAUAUUACUAAUAUAACACACAUGGAAUAAUUAAAUGUUUUAACUGCCUUGUGUGUGUAGGCCUAUCUUGUUCUACCUAUCUGUUUAAUGUUUAUUUAUGAAAAUCUGAGGUUACAAUAAUUCUUGAGUAUUCGGGAACAUAACUAAAACUCUGAGGUUUAAAACAAACCAAACUGUUUAAAAAUCAGUUUAAAAUUAAUCAAUCUAUGGUUAUUUAAAUGAUACAUGUUACAUGUAGACUGGAAUGUUAGGAGUGGGCGAGCUGACCUUAGCAAGAUGGCCGCCAUACACAGAGGUCAGUCUCCAUUGGCUAACUGCAUGAGUAAGACAUCUAGUGUUUAUAUACAUGUAUCUAUAUCUAUCUAUGUCAAACCCAGUCCACAGACUGUAGUCCACAGACUGUAGUCCACCUGUCCUCCAGCAGUCUGGGUCAGAAUGUGGGUCACAGUUCUGGACCUCUGGUUCUGGACUUACGGCUUGUUGCAUCAGAGGUUUUCAGAGUAUUGUACAGUCAGCGGUUUUCGAAGGAGAAGCUCUCCUCCUCCUCUUCCUCCUCCUCCUCCUCCUCCUCUUCCUCGCUCACUGGAGGGAUGAGAGGCGGUUGCCAUGGUUACAGUUGACAUGAAAGGCGCCCCGCUCUCCCUCCGUCUCUCCAUAGCUAAGUGGUUUUUAUCGGCGUCGGCAGGUAACAGAGAGAAAUACAGAUCUUCAUCAUCCUCAUCAUCCUCACACACAAAGACACACACAGACACACACACUCACACACACACACACACACACACACAGACACAGACACAGACACACACACACAGACACACACACACAGACACACACCGAUGAACAACAAUGACGAGUGUGUGUCACUCAGCACCAGGUACAGAUCAAGCCUGUCUUUGUGUGUGUGUGUGUGUGUGUGUGUGUGUGUGUGUGUGUGUGUGUGUGUGUGUGUGUGUGUGUGUGUGUGUGUGUGUGUGUGUGUGUGUGUGUGUGUGUGUGUCUGUGUGUGUGUCAGAGCUUUGUUGUACAGAGCCGUCUCUGACAGUCUCUGAGCUCAUCUCUGCAGUCUGAUGCUCUCUCUCUUCUCCUCCUCCUCUUUUCUCUCCCUCCUCCUCCUCCUCCUCUUUUUUCUCCCCCCUCCUCCUCCUCCUCCUUUUUCUCUCCCCCCUCCUCCUCCUCCUCUUUUCUCUCCCCCCUCCUCCUCCUCCUCCUUUUUCUCUCCCCCCUCAUCCUCCUCCUCCUCCUCCUCUUUUUUCUCCCCCCUCAUCCUCCUCCUCCUCCUCCUUUUUCUCCUUCUCCUCUUUUUUGUCCAUUUUUACUGAUCAGGUUUCCUUUCCUUCCUCAGUCUCCAGGUGGCGUUGCUCCUUGUCCGGCCCCACUUCCUCCUCCCCUGGCCCUCCUCCUCCUCCUCCUCCCCCUCUGAGCAGAGUGGCCGGUGUGUCCCCCCUCAGUGUGUCCCCCCUCAGUGCCUCCCCUCCUGUCAAACCCUGCUCCACCCCGUCAUCAGAGAGACACGGUAAAAAAAACAUGUCAAACACGUUUCAAACCGCGUCAUUUUUAACGAGCUUAACACUUUUGGUUUAAUGAAACGCUCCCUCUUUUAGCUCCGCCCCUUUCCUCCUCCCCGCUCCACGCCGUCCUCCAUCGCACCCUCAGUCCUGUAGGGAAAGAGCUGUCCCCCGUCGCUGAGAGGACCCCAACCUUCCUCCCACACAGCCGCAGUAAGAAUCCUUCCUCCAUCCUUUCCUUAACUCCUCUCCUCCUCUCCUCACCUGAGCUCAUGUGGAGUGACCUCCACCUCAUCAUCACCACACUAUGACCUCAUCAUCACCACACUAUGACCUCAUCGUCACCACACUAUGACCUCAUCAUCACCACACUAUGACCUCAUCGUCACCACACUAUGACCUCAUCAUCACCACACUAUGACCUCAUCGUCACCACACUAUGACCUCAUUGUCACCACACUAUGACCUCAUCAUCACCACUCUAUGACCUCAUCGUCACCACACUAUGACCUCAUCAUCACCACACUAUGACCUCAUCAUCACCACACUAUGACCUCAUCAUCACCACACUAUGACCUCAUUGUCACCACGCUAUGACCUCAUCAUCGCCACUCUAUGACCUCAUCAUCACCACACUAUGACCUCAUCAUCACCACACUAUGACCUCAUUGUCACCACGCUAUGACCUCAUCAUCGCCACUCUAUGACCUCAUCAUCACCACACUAUGACCUCAUCAUCACCACACUAUGACCUCAUUGUCACCACACUAUGACCUCAUCAUCACCACACUUUGACCUCAUCAUCGCCACACCAUCUCAGGAAUCUUCACUGUUGUUUUAUUUCCGUCUGAAGGUCGUGGCCUCCGGCGCUCGGCCUUCAGCCCGCAGACGUCCGUGGACGGCGACCCCGGGGCCUCGGAGAGCGAGGACGACUCCAUCCUUUUGGGCUACAAGCUGCAGGACCUCACUGACGUCCAGGUCAUGGCCCGACUGCAGGAGGAGAGUAAGUCCGAGUGAUUCAGGAAAACGCUGAAAUCUGAUUGGACAGUUUAGUCAAAGUGUAUUUUACUGUCCUCUGAUUGGCUGCCCUGUUGUGACCGACCUUCUCUGUUGUUUCCUUCUUACUAAUAUUUUAACCUUUGACCUCAGACCUCAGAGCUCAUCGCUACUUCAGCUUCAUUAACCCCAGGAGGUGACCACUGUGUGUGUGUGUGUGUGUGUGUGUGUGUGUGUGUGUGUGUGUGUGUGUGUGUGUGUGUGUUAUAUAUAUCUGUGUGUGUGUGUGUGUGUGUGUGUGUGUGUGUCUGUGUGUGUGUGUUUCUUUAUAUAUAUCUGUGUGUGUGUGUGUGCGCGCACGUUUCCCCCGCCGCCGCUCCUCACCUCUCGCUCCUCCAGGUCUACGACAGGACCUCGCCAGCACCUCGUCCAUCCUGGCCAACCGCCGCAGUCAGAGCUUCACCUUCCCGUCGUUCAGCCUCGGCGCCGCGCCCGGCCUGGAGGAGGAAGACGAGGAGGAGGACGACGAAGACUACGGCCUCCUGCCGCCGCCGCAGCCGCGCCUCACCCGCCUGCCGCACUCCCACACCUUCUCCAGCAUCAGAGACUGGCGAAGAAGCACCAGUUCCCUGUGCACGCCUCCUUCCACGCCAUCCACCCUGACAGGACCUUCCGCUGGCUCCGCCUUCCUGACGCAGACCGUGACCCAGCUCCAAGGACUCCAGGGUCUGGGACUGGGCGGCUUCUGCGGGGCCGAGUCCCAGGGCUUCAGACCAGGAUCAGGUGAGACCUGAGGAGAUAAUCAAUCAGCUGAUCAGACGUGAUAGGUUCUCAGGAGGUCUCUGAGGAGGUCACGGUGAUGGUCGUCUGAGGAGGAGGAGGAGGAGCGACGGACAAACGGAGAAAUGAAAAUGAAAUUCAUGAUUUAAAAACAAAUCUCCAAUAUCUGCCCUGACUACAAUUCCCAUGAUGCAUCAGUGUAUGAUUGUAUUCAGACAGGAGCUCUAAUCUUCCUCUCUCUCUCUCUCUCUCUCUCUACAUGUUUGUGUGUUACACGUGUGUAUUUGUGUAUUUGUGUGUUUGUUUUGUGGAAACGUCAUCAUGGCGUGCAGCCGAAUAUGAGAGUAAGUGACGCCGUUUCGCUCCGAUAAUUCGAUGAUUUAAAAGUCUAAAGUUUGAGACUGAGAGACGGACAGACGGACACGCCGUGUCCUCUUAAGGAUAACCACCUAAGCUGCCAGCGCACGCGCUCAGUAAGCCCUGAGACGGCGAGAGAGUUUGAUGGAAUUAAGAGUUUAGAGUGAGGGAGGGCGGGGACAGGAAGUGAGGUCACAGCCUGCUCUUUAAAAGCAUAGAGCUGUGAUGAUAGAUCAGACACACACAGAUCAGUUAACCCCGCCCUCUCCAGGCCUCCUCUGAUUGGUCGUCUCUCUCUCUCUCUUUUUCCAGAUAAGCUGCGGAGGAGUAUGCCUAACCUGGUCAGAACUCCCAGCAUGCCGAGUGUGCCCAUUCCCACCAAUCCCAGUGCUUCCCCUCUGCUUCGUAACAGCCAGAGUUUUGAUUCGUCCAGCGGUCUGUCUCGCCUGCAGUCCUCCAGUGAGACGCUCUCUCUGACGGUUUCUGAGGUUUCGGGUUUUAAAAACGUCGUUUGACCGUUUUUCUCGUCUUUCCUCUCCUCUAGUUCCCUCCCCGGGUCAGCCAAUCAGAGUCCAGAGCGUGGGGAACUUCACUUCCAUGUCGCAGCAGCCGUUAAAAGCCACCGCCUACGUCAGCCCGACCAUCAAAGGCUCCGCCUCCAUGCCGACCUCCACCAGCCUGCAGUCUUUAAACAGCAGCGGCGUGGGGGCGAACAGCGGGAUCCCUCUGCUCAGUAAACAACAUGUCCCCGCCUCCGCCCCGACCACGCCCCGCAGCGGCCUGCCUCGUCCCGCCUCCUUCAUCGCCACCACAAGCUCCACCCCUCGCGGCAAGAUGGCCCAACCAGCACGAAGGUGAAGAGUCAUUCUGUCAUGAUAAGAGGAAGAGGUGAAGCAGUUAGACGAACCCGUUUAUUCUGAGCCGACCGUCUCAGUUUUAAAGAUCAGAAAAAUUUAUUCUGAAUUUUUUAUUCAUGACUUUUUAAUGUUCAUGUUUAAUUUAAUUAUUUCAUUUUUAUUUUAUUUUAUCAUUUUAAUUUUAAUGUUUAUUCAUGACUGUUUUAAUGUUCAUGUUUAAUUUAAUUAUUUAAUUUUUAUUUUAUUUUAUCAUUUUAAUUUUAAUGUUUAUUCAUGACUGUUUUAAUGUUCAGGGCUGAAGUUGUUUCAGAGAUUUGAGUCAAAAAAGGUUUAAAAAUGAUGAUUUUAUGAACUCUUGUCUUCAUGUCGUCUGGAUGGAGCUUUAAAUUUACAGGAACUGAAGGUUAAACUUUGACCUUUACAGACUUUGUCUGUUUGUGGAGCGAAUAUUUCCGAGCGUCAGGACGACGAAGAUGUUUCAUUCGUUAGCAGAGGUCAUGACCUCAGCUCUCUCUCUCUCUCUCUCUUUUCCUCAGUUUACUGACGCCGCCGAAGAGCUUGUCCACCUUCAGCGCCCUUCGUGACGGCGCCUGGAGAGACGGCUGCUACUGA